GAAACAGGAAAAGAACAUGUUGGUGGUACAGAACCCCCUUCUGGUCUUUCUUUUCUUAAUGUACAGCCACUUACACAGCAGCUUGGUUACAAUGUUGACUAUCAGCAACACUUACACAUGAGUAAGAUUCGUCCAGCAAUUUUGCAGAGGAAAAAUGAAGCUCGAUGGAAACGUAUUACAGGUGUUUAUCCAAAAGUGAGAAAUGUGAUUGUACAGAGACUACUAGAUGCUGGUGUUGAUCCUUGUGCAGCUGAUGAAAGACAAAGAACUUCUCUUCAUUUUUCUGCUUGUAAAGGAAAUGUAGAAAUAUGCAAGUUGCUGUUGGAGAGAGGGGCAAAUCCAAAUCAGAGGGAUGUAAUAGGAAAUACACCUUUACAUCUAGCUGCUUGUACAAGCAACAUUGAAAUAGUGACCCUUCUUCUUAAAGCUGGAACAGACAUCAAUGCUUUAGAUAAUUCGGGGCGAACACCAUUUCAUCUGGCGCAGUCAAAGCUAAAACUGCUACAGUUUGAUGGUGGGUUUUCAUCGUGUCAGUUGAAGGCAGAAGUAAUGCAGGUGGUAGAGAUGAUGCGGGUGUGCCUUGAAAGGUCGGGAAAUGCUGCUGAGCUAGAUUUUUUGAAUGUGUUUUACAGUAGAAUUCAAAGUCAUCAGACAAAGGAAGAGGUUGACAGCGAUGUCAAAGAUCUGUUGUUCAGUUUGUCUCACCUAAACCUGAACAAAGUUUGUAAUUCAUAGUCCUCAUUUAGAAGUCCAGUUUGGCUUGAACCUACCAGAAAACAAUGUGCAAAGUAAAAAGUGGAGCACCUUAUUUCACUUUUCUAUAAUCCUUUGCAAUGAAACUGGCGUGUACUCUUCACUGUGAAAUUUGUUACUGUUCUAUAAAUAUAACUUAGAUUUAUUUGUAAGCCUGGCCCGUCGACAUCAGCAUGGGUUAUUCACAAAUAUAUGAAGCAGAUCCCCGUAACACUAGAACACUUUAUAUGUAAAAUGUAAAACUUGCAGUGACAGUAAAACACUGUAGUACUGUAUGGGAAAAACCCAUACACAGACAGUUAUGUUUUCAACCAUUAUAUCAUACAUUAUGAUACUGUACUUUGAAAUGCUGAUUGAUAUAUUAGAAAAUUGUGAUAUACACAAACAUUUUGCUACAUGCUGAAGAUUUUGUAGAAUAGAACACUUUGAUAUAUGUUAGCCACUUCACAAUACAUCAGAACUUUGUAGUCCUGUGUAUUUUGAUGUAAAUUAUAGCCCAUCUUCAGAAUGCUAUAAUGCAUUCUCUAUACUGCCAACGUAUAAACUUGUUCUGUAAGAAAACAUGGCACUAAUCAGCAUUAUAACAGAGAAGUGCACAGUUCAGUGUUUGAUUCGUUCAGCAGCAAUCAUAGUUUAUAAAUGUCGAUAAAUGACUGUCAGGAAUAAUUAAGUUUAAAUAUUUGUUUUCCUUGUUCAGUGAAACAAAAUACAUAUUAAUUAUUAAUACUGUUUUUUGGUUUACUUUUACUCACAACUCUUAGUUCAGAUUUCUACGUAUUUCAUUGUAUGGUGUUCUAGAAGAAUAAGCUGCUAAAUGAAGCAUUAAGUUAUAAAGACUUUUUUUGUACCCAA